CCAAGAUUCAUUGCAACUAGGUCAUUGCAACUACUGGCACUUCAUUCACGCCCCCGACCAAAAGGACGGCAACCAAGUGGUGGUUGGCGACCAUUCCGGUGAGCGGUAAAGUACUUAUUGAUUUUUCCAUAGUUCUUCCGGCUCCCGAUCUGCUCCAACGCCUCAAACUCCUGUCUGAUUGAUGUCUCAACACCUGUCCCUAUGUUUGCCUCAGUUAUGAUUCCAGAUUGUUCUUAGGUUGGGUGAUCCGUACCAUUUGACAGGUUAUUUGAUAUUAUAGUCAAGGUAAAUAUGGGUGUUAAACAAACAAUAAAAAACCUGGAUGCAUUUCCUCGAGCAGAAGAACACUUGUUGCAGAAGACACAGUCUGGGGCAGUUGUCUCCAUUGUGGGCCUGGUAAUAAUGGCCACUCUGUUCUUGCAUGAGCUGAGAUAUUACCUUACCACUUAUACUGUUCACCAGAUGGCUGUAGAUUUGAAACGUGGAGAAACCCUUCCAAUCCACAUAAAUAUGACCUUCCCUUCUUUACCUUGUGAUGUUCUAAGUGUGGAUGCUAUUGACAUGUCUGGCAAGCAUGAGGUGGAUCUUGAUACAAAUAUAUGGAAAGUUCGCUUGAAUAAUGAUGGUCAAAACAUUGGCUCUGAACAUUUGUCAGAUCUUGUGGAGAAGGAACAUGCUGGUCAUGAGCAUGAUGGAAACAAUAAUCAUCAUGAGGAUUCAAACCAUAACAUUCAUCUGCAUGGUUUUGACCAAGAUGCUGAAAAUCUUAUUAAGCGGGUUAGGCAAGCAUUGGCUAAUGGAGAAGGAUGCCAGGUCCACGGGGUACUAGAUGUUCAAAGGGUUGCCGGGAACUUCCAUAUAUCAGUUCAUGGGUUAAAUAUUUUUGUUGCACAAAUGAUCUUUGAAGGGGCAACUCAUGUCAAUGUAAGUCAUGUUAUUCAUGAUUUAUCAUUUGGGCCAAAAUAUCCUGGGAUUCACAACCCAUUAGAUGGGACUUCACGGAUACUGCAUGCUACAAGUGGAACUUUCAAAUAUUACAUAAAGAUUGUUCCAACUGAAUACAGAUACAUAUCAAAAAAAGUCUUGCCAACUAAUCAAUUCUCAGUCACGGAAUAUUUUAAACCAAUGAACGAGUUUGAUCGGACUUGGCCAGCUGUGUACUUCUUGUAUGAUCUGUCACCAAUUACCGUGACCAUCAGAGAAGAACGUCGGAGUUUUCUCCACUUCAUUACUCGGCUUUGUGCUGUAUUAGGUGGUACAUUUGCUUUAACAGGAAUGUUGGAUCGAUGGAUGUAUAGACUUCUUGAUGCACUGAUGAAGCCAAACACUGGAAGUGCAUUGCGUUAAAAAUGGGGAUCACAGAAGUCCCUUGAUUGCAGUCACUCGCUGGGGAUUACUUCAUCAAGAAAAGAAUCCGCCAACACAGUGAUGGUGGGGAAGCCGUAAUUAGUUCAACUGCUGAGGGGAGAUUGUGAUGUUUAAUUUAAUUUUUUUUUUUUCCUUGAAUCUUUCUGCUUCCACCGUCACGCCUAAUCUGCAUCAGUGGUUUAUGUGGGAAGAAAACUUGAUUGUUUUGCUUUGUAUACAGAACUGCUGAUGGGAGGAUGUGCUUUAUUGUUUCACAAAGCCAAAGGGAAUGAGCUGCCCAUUAACUGAGUUAAAUUGAGAUAGAUAGCAGAAUUUGACAAAAACACCAUAAUCAAUUAAUUUUUAGAUUUAUGUUAAAUCAA